AUGUCUUCGAUGCGUGGUCUUGUCCAGUUUAUAGCCGACCUGAGGAAUGCUCGAGCUCGAGACCUGGAGGAGAAGCGCAUCAAUAAGGAACUCGCAAACAUUCGCCAGAAGUUCAAGGGAGAGAAGCUGGAUGGCUACCAGAAGAAGAAAUAUGUCUGCAAGUUGCUGUACAUUUACAUACAGGGUUACGAUGUCGAUUUUGGUCAUCUGGAGGCUGUCAACCUGAUCUCGGCACAAAAAUACUCUGAGAAGCAAAUCGGCUACCUCGCAGUUACCCUCUUCCUUCACGAGCACCAUGACCUCCUCCACCUCGUCGUAAACAGCAUACGGAAAGACCUUCUCGAUCACAAUGAGAUCAACAACUGCUUGGCCCUACAUGCUGUGGCCAACGUUGGUGGGCGCGAGAUGGGGGAAGCACUGAGUGCGGAUGUCCACAGGCUCCUCAUCUCACCCACCUCGAAAGCAUUCGUGAAGAAGAAGGCCGCUUUGACAAUGUUAAGAUUGUACAGAAAAUACCCUGGCAUCAUGCAACAAGAGUGGGCCGAGCGGAUAAUAGCCCUGAUGGAUGACCCAGAUAUUGGUGUUGUGCUCUCAGUCACCUCGUUAAUUCUGGCUCUUGUACAGGAUAGUCCGGAUGCUUACAAGGGAAGCUACGUGAAGGCAGCCCAACGCUUGAGGAAGAUAGUCGUCGACAACGAUGUAUCCCCAGAUUACCUCUACUACAAGGUUCCUUGUCCCUGGCUGCAGGUGAAGUUCUUGAAGCUGCUACAGUUCUACCCUCCCUCUGAUGAUUCUCACGUCAGGGACAUCAUCAGAGAAACUUUACAGGCUAUACUAUCCAUACCUACUGACAUCCCUAAGAAUGUCCAGCAGAACAACGCCCAGAACGCAAUCCUCUUCGAAGCAAUCAACCUCCUAAUUCACAUGAGCACGGAACAGAGUCUCAUGGUUCAGAUAUCGCAAAAGUUGGGCAAGUUUAUUCAGUCCCGAGAGACCAACGUCAGAUACCUGGGCCUUGAUGCAAUGACCCAUUUCGCAGCCCGAGCAGAGACGCUUGAUCCCAUCAAACGGCACCAGAACAUUAUUAUUGGCUCAUUGAAAGAUCGCGAUAUCAGUGUCAGGAGAAAAGGUCUGGAUCUACUAUACAGCAUGUGCGAUACCAGCAAUGCUCAGCCCAUUGUCAAUGAGCUGCUCAAAUACCUACAAAGUGCCGACUUUUCCUUACGAGAGGAGAUGGUACUGAAGAUCGCUAUCCUCACUGAGAAGUAUGCUACAGAUGCCCAGUGGUAUAUUGAUAUCUCAUUGCGGCUCCUAGCCAUGGCUGGCGAUCAUGUCAGUGAUGAGGUUUGGCAACGGGUCAUACAGAUUGUGACGAAUAAUGAGGAGCUUCAGGCAUAUGCUGCUCAAAACAUGCUCGACUAUAUCAAGACCGAAAAUUGCCACGACUCGCUCGUCAAAAUCGGGGCCUACGUGCUGGGUGAAUUCGGUCACCUUAUUGCAGACACCAAGGGCUGCAGUCCGAUCGAACAGUUGAUGGCUCUGCAAGCCAAAAUGAUCACAUCUCCUGACACCACUCGUGCUCUCAUACUGUCGACUUUCAUCAAGUAUGUCAAUCUGUUCCCCGAGAUCAAGCCUCAACUCCUCCAGAUGUUCCGCUUCUACAGCUAUUCCCCAGACUCCGAGCUACAACAAAGAGCCUGCGAAUACCUUACCCUAGCCACUUUGCCUACAGACGAUCUGCUUCGUACUGUCUGCGAUGAAAUGCCGGCAUUUUCAGAAAGAACCUCAAUCCUCCUGCAGCGACUACAUAAGAAGAGCGCUGGCACGAGUGAAAGAAGGACCUGGCUUGUUGGUGGCAAAGACGCCAAUAACGACCGACAGGAAGCACUGAUGAGUCAGCAGACGGGCCUGAAAAGGACUUUCACGACAAUCGUUAACGGUACCAGCCCAGGUGCCAAUGGCAGUGCUCAUUCGGUGGAAGCAUCAACUGCGACGAACGGCUCUUCGUCCAAGGAUUUGGAAGGCCUCGACUUGCUGUCAGGACCCUCAGAAACACCAUCGAAACCACUCAACCUAGCAUCCGCUGCACAUUUGUCACCAGAUUGGGAACUUGGAUUCAACGCACUUUACUUUCGAGACGAGGGUGUCCUCUUUGAAGACUCUCAGAUCCAGGUCGGUAUUCGUCAGGAAUACCGCGGCCAUAUGGGCGUGGUUAAGCUCUACUUCACGAACAAAGCCUCUUUUCCUAUUGGCUCCUUCACCACAACCCUGGACAAUUUAUCGUCCUCGGCUCUCAAAGUAGACACAAAAUCUCUGCCCGAUUCAAACAUAGGCGCACAAGCGCAGGCACAGUCAACUAUAGUCUGCACCGCACUUUCACCUUUUGAAUCAUCACCCACGAUCCGUAUAUCCUAUCUUGCAGGCGCAUUACAAGGCUAUACGUUACGUCUGCCUGUCCUUGUUCACAGGUAUAUGGACCCAUCCUCCUUGUCAGCGGAGGACUUUUUCAAACGUUGGCGGCAAAUUGGUGCAGGCACCAUGGAGGCUCAGUCCACUUUUGGACUCAAAGAUUCAAGUGCCAGUCUUAAUGAUAGUAUCACAAAAUCCAUCGUGGAAGAUUUCAGGUGGAAAGUUCUAGAUAAUGUUGAUCCUAAUCCAGCGAAUGUGGUGGGUUGUGCUGUCUUCCAGAUGGAGAAAGGGAAGACUGGCUGCCUUAUGAGGCUUGAACCGAACAAAGAACAAAAAAUGUAUCGCUUGACUGUGCGAGCGACUCAGGACACGAUAUCUGCCAUUCUCGUUAGGGCGAUGCAGGAAAAGCUAUCCUUAGCAUCAUGA